GGCCCCGGGGAGCCAAAAUGGCGGCGGCGCGGCGGCUGUGCAUGGCGGCGGGGCUGGGCAGGCGGUUCUGUCAUGUGCUGUUAAAAGAUCAUAAUCUGACAACUCGACAGCCUUUCCACCAGCUUCUGCAAAAAACACCAUCUCUUCCAUCUGCAGCAUGGCAUCGUGCAGUAAGAAGCAUGUUUAUUCAAACUCAGGACACACCAAAUCCAAAUAGCUUGAAAUUUAUUCCAGGAAGGGAAGUGCUGGAGUCGAGGACUAUGGAGUUUUCCACCCCAGCUGCAGCCUAUUGCUCACCUUUAGCAAGACAGUUAUUCCGGAUUGAAGGAGUUAAAAGUGUUUUCUUUGGGCCAGACUUCAUCACUAUCACCAAGGAGAGUGAAGACCUGGAUUGGAACUUGCUGAAACCAGAUAUUUAUGCAACCAUAAUGGAUUUCUUUGCCUCUGGCUUACCUGUAGUUACUGAUGAGGCACCUAGGACAGAUACAGCUGCUUCGGAAGAAGAUGAUGAAGUUGUACUGAUGAUUAAGGAACUGCUGGAUACAAGAAUCAGGCCCACAGUGCAAGAAGAUGGUGGUGAUGUUAUUUACAAAGGCUUUGAGGACGGGAUUGUGCAGCUGAAGCUGCAGGGGUCGUGCACCAGCUGUCCCAGUUCCAUCAUCACCCUCAAGAACGGGAUCCAGAACAUGCUUCAGUUCUACAUCCCUGAUGUGGAAGGCGUUGAGCAGGUUGUUGACGACGAUGAUGACGUGGAGAAAGAAGCAAAUUCUACUUGAGCUUCGUCAUCUGUGGCCAAAUAAACAUUUACCUCCUGGUGUAUGUAAACCAUCUUUGUCCUGAGGAACAAUCAAAUCUGCCUUGUCAGAAAAAUAGCUGUACUUACUGUGAGAAUGUACCAUCACUUCAAGCAGUUCAUCCACUAAUUUAUUAAAUGCCCUGUAUUACAAAAAAAUUGUUUUGCUCUACUUUGUGCUAUGUCUUUAGAAAGAAAUGGUGGGCUCAGAAAACAGUGAUGCAUUUCUUUAUUGUUUUUUCUUACAGAAACUUCAAUACUGAAAAAAAAGAGAAGGCAGAAGUUCCUUGGCUUUUUUGUGCUGUAGGAAUAUUAGAUGUUUAUUCUUCCAGCUUGUGGGACUGACAGAACUCUCUGCCCUUACUCUGUAAAUGGGAGCUUCAGGAACGUUAAUUUUAUCAAGUCUUGUUAAAAAGCUGCUGAUUCCUACCAAAUUUGUAUGUGUGAAAGAUAACCUA